CACUGUCUAUCUAACCGUCUUCCUGUUUUGUGUUUUUCCUGCAAGAUUCGCGUCAUCACAAGGCUAUAGAUCUAGAUCUAUUCAGAUCAAGAAUCUACCACUGCCACUGAAACGUCUGCUGAGUUCUGGGAAUGUCUUUUCUCGCGAUUGCAUCAGAAGAGAUAUCAGUGCUGUAACUGGCUACCCAGUAACUUACACACUUGCGUUCUAAAUAUCACAGGACUGGAAACAGAAAUAUUUGUGGUCUUUCCUUUCUUAGUACAAAAAUUGAAGGAUCGAAGUCUUGUAAAAUAGACGAUGCAUGUCAGACACCGAUGACAAGGAGUGAUGUGGUGAAGUUAAAAAUGUUGGUGGAGUAAUCAGUGCGUCAUGCCUCUAAUUGAAGGCCUGGGUGACGAGGUCACCCUUGUGCUGGGAGGGUUCCUGCUGUGUGUCAUUCUGAUGCUGGCAUGGUUCUCCACGCACACGUCGGAGAUCCCGCUCCUAAGGGAGAUGGGGGUUAUCGUGGUGGAGCUGAGCCAGCGCAGGAACAGAGCCACAGAGCCUGCCCAAUCGGAGAAUCGAGAACGUGCAAGUCCAGAAGGGCAGGAUGAUAGCGUUCCUGACAGUAGCUUCGGGGAAGGGAGGUCGGAGGAGGAUGUGUCAGUGUCUGAUUGGUCAACGGAUGGAGUGCAGACAGACACUGUGAGAAAUUCUGGAACAUCGGUUGUGCCCACUGGGGCUACCCCUGCUGAAGGAACAACGAUCAAAUCUUCGUCAUCAUCUUCGGAAGCGUCUUGUCCCUCUCAGCAAAGCAAUGCUGGUGCUACAAAUUCAGCUGUUUCUCUUCCUACUGCUGCCGAGAUGGUCACAGCUGAAUGUGAACGCCAGCACCGAGAUAAGGAUGAUAUCCAAGGUGACAAUCAGUUUUGUAAUAGAAGUGCAGAGAAAAUGCCACAAUCUACAGAUGGCCCAGUACCGGUUGCAACAGCUGUGGUAGAUGAGAGUGGGAGGCUGGAGGGCUCUGAACUUCUUGAACAUCCAAGUGAGGAGGAAAUUAGGAGGAGAAGAGUGCAAUAUUUCCAGACGUCUUCUCAGUCAUCCAUCCCUCUUUCUGACAUAAUAGGUGAUUCACCCAUUGCUGGACAAAGGAUGCCAGCUUCUCAGACUCCUAGUGAACGUGCAGAUGAACUGGUCUCUUCUACUCCCUCCCAGACCUCACACCUCUGUGAUUCAAUGGACGCUGUGAAGGAACCUGUCACAAACUCAUCGAGACCUAUUGCAUCAUCAUUGUCUGAUGGUGAUGAUCAGAUUGACAGAUUACCUGGUGAUAGUCGUCAGCUUCAGGGUGCUUCUGUGGCUUCUUCUUCUUCAGAUUGUGGUGAUGGUGGGGUUUCCACGUCGGACCCAUCUCCGCAGACGGGUUUUGUUAAUGGGACAAAUGAAGCACCUUCUAAUGACUCACAGUCCUCCAGGAUUCGAGUGAAGCUCAAGUACAUGAAUGAGACACAACGACUUGUCCAUGCCAGCCCAAUGGACACCAUCGGUGACUUUCGAAGGACCCACUUUCAGCCAGAGCUGCAGGAGAACAAGUGGGUCCGCUUUAUCUACAAUGGCCAGGAUCUCCGAGAUGACGCACGUACAUUGCAGGCAUGUAAUAUCAGUGACAAUUGCACCAUGCACUGUCUUAUCACUGCCCACACACGGCCGACGGCUCCUCGGGACAUGGUUGGCGAUGAGGAGGGGGAGGAUUCUGUUCUAGGAGCUCUCAUGUACCCUCUCUUUACCCUCGUCCUGCUCAUUGUCUGGUACUUCAGAUUCACAUACAGACAAUACUUCAGUGCUAUGAGCACAGUCUGUCUGAUCGGGAUCAGUUUCCUGCUGGCCCUCAGUUACAUCUCCUCUUUGCGCAGCAGAGAUGCUGGUCAACAGCAGCAGCAGCGACAACAGGCUGCUACGGGCGGCAGGCAGCAUCCUCAGCAAAAUCACCCUCAUGCAGACUGAGCCUUUGACUUUGAUGGAUAUAAUGUGUGUGUGGUUGGUGGGUGCUCUGAUGUGGUUUGCUCCUUCUUUCCUAUUAAACAUCUGUCGUCCUUA